AUGCAGUGCUGUUCGAACGCAUGUGCAUGCAUUUGCUUCCUCUCCCUGCAGGAGGAUGAACGUGAACGUUUGCAGAAACUCUCCUUGGAGCACCAGAAGAAAAGCGUCGCCCCGCUGCCGGUGGUGCGCCUGUACUUUGUAGGCCGAGGGCGUGCCGGCAAGACCACAACUCUACGGCGGCUGAAAGGCGAAUCAUUCCGAGACGAUGAGCCUUCCACACAUGGUUUGGAUGUUUGGGCAGGUCAGGUAGAAGCAGAUCUACAAGCGGAUUCGAAGCAAACGGGCCCAUGGAAAAGAUGGGAGGAAUCGAUGUACCUCAGUGCCUUGAAGGACACAUGUUCAUUUGGCCUGCUUGGCCCAGAAACAGACGCACUCACCGCGCAGAAUGCUGAUGAACAACCAGAUGACAUGUUGGAACGACCGAAAGCCAAUCAACCAGAUGCUCUUCUAGAGAGUUCGGCCGCGGCUCAACCAACCCAAGGGCUUAACAAGCCAGAAGAACAUGCCACCUCUGUUGCAAGUCAAGGACCGAAAGCCAAUGAACAACCACAGGAAGACAUAUCCUCUUCUUCUGGACCCAAGACGCGCGUGAUUACGAUGUCCACACACCCGCGGCAUCCCUUCCUACGCGUGAGGUCCAAUUUGGGCGACCCGACGACUUCACAACCGGUGCUGCAAAAAUCCAAGCUCCGAAAAGCGGGCAUUGAUGUGAGGCUGCAAUGCUGGGACUUCCCGGGACAAGAAGAGUACGCCCUGUUGAACCAGCUUCAUUUUUCAGAAAGAGCGAUAUACCUGGUGUUUUUGGAUUUGACUGGGCAACUUGAGGACGAAUGGAGGCACCUGUCUUUCUGGCUUUGGAAAAUUGCCAGGUUUUCCACUGAGAAGGAUGCAUGGCCUCCUAUUCUCCUGAUUGGCACCAAAGCAGGAGCGCGCAAUAGAUGCGUCACAGAUUUGGAGCUACAAAAGCGCCUGGAGGACUUGCAAAGCAGAGUCCCCCGCUUGAAAGAGCAGCUGCAACCCCAUCCAGCGAACUUGGGAAGCAAGUGUCCCUGGCUAUUUCCAGUUGAAAACAAGGGGGAAAAUUUUGAAGCCUGGCUCAGUCCUUUGCGGAUGCAACUUCAGCGAAUGGCCCUACAGUUUGUCUCGCCGCGUGACCUUUGGGAGGCUGAGAACUCGGACGGAUCUGUGGUGCCAAGAUUUGUUGGUUUGCAGGCGGAGACCUUUCCCUUGACGUGGCUGCGAGCACAUGACUUGCUGACGCGGUUGGGGUCUGGAUUCAGGGCGAGAGCUGAGAGGGUCGAUGUCAAGAAGGUCGCGCCAAGUGCCGAGCCCGGGCAAAGGUUCAAGAUCAAGGACUACCUGCGCGUGACCAUAGACAAGGACUGGCUGAUUUUGCCGCCAGGUGCAUUUAUCAGACUUCACAGCCAGGACGAACAGGAUGAUCUUAGAGAGGAAGAGCUGAGCUUGGAUGUUUCGUGUGACUUUCUCGAGCUGAAAGCAGUUCAGGGACUACUCAGAGGAAUGCAACCGCAAGGCUUGUCUCAUCAGGACACGGAGAAGGUCCUGAAGUUGCUGAAUACAUUGGGAAUUGUGGUGUGGAUCGACAAACCCAAGCUUCAAGACACUGUAAUGUUGAACCCGCGGCAAGUUGCAGUGGCGAUGUCAAACUUGAUAAACCUUUGCUUUGGCGUAGACAGCUUCGAGCACGUCAAGGCCAGUGACCUUGCUCGGUUCAGAUCCAGUGGUAUUGCAUCGCACGAUUUGAUCAAAGCAGUUUGGAAGAAGGACUUUGGCCACGCGCACCAGCAGCUUCUGCAACAUGUCUUAGUCCGGAGAGACCUGAUGCGUGAACGACUUGUUAAAGGUGAAAUUGUGCUGCCGAACUGUUUACCUGUAGCACACUGUGCUGAAGAGGCAUUUCGAGAGACAGAUGAAGUCUUGUAUUUGGAUGUGGGUGGUUUGCUGUCGCCGAAUUUCUUUCCGGACUUGGCACACCUGAUUUAUCGCAAUAUCAACUUUGAAAAUUCACCGACGAUCUGGAAACCAGGGCCACCCCAGGUUUUCCGAAAUCGAGGCGAUCUUCACUCUGACACUCAUUCGGUCUUCACAUCUAUGUUUCCGGUCAAUGCGCCCAGCAACCAAAGCUUGUUGCGAAUUUUAGUCAGGGGAAAGGACCAGAAAGCCAACUGUGGCAUUGCACAAGAGGUGAAGAGGGUGUUGCUCAAUGACAUCCUGGGAUUCGAUCCGGAAACGGAAAUUGAUGUAGAGAAGGAUCCCAGUUCCUUCUUUGGGUUCAAAGGUGCCAAAGACAAAGGGACCCUGGAACGGGAACGCAGCUUUGCUCGCCAUCCUUGCUUGAAUUCACAAUGCAACCUGACAUGCUCCCUCUGCAGAGUGUCAGAAUUGCUGCAAGAAAGGUUUCUUCCUGACUUAAGUCCUGGCCUCCGUUCCAUUGUGGAAAAUGCAGCCGUCCAACGACACACCCGCCCUGCUGGCAGCUUUCGCUUUAAAGCCAUGCAGUUCCCAGGUGAUGUUGAUCUGGAAGAAUACUUGGUAAUAGAUGCCAAGAGCAAGGAUGAGGCUUUGCCCACGCUUUGCCGUACUAUUCAGAAGAUGUUCGGGGGCUUGUCUGCUCAAAAUUCAGAGGUUCAAGUCUUUAUGGGAGGACUCAAAGCCGGCAGCAAGCCCAGACAACGUCCCUGGAGUCCAGAAGGAAUGGCUGAAGUGGUCUCAGCAAGAGCUGCGUGAUGAAACAAAAGAAAUCCGUAGGGGUGCCAAUGCAACCCCAGUGUUUGUGACACUCAGCAAAGCAUUGGAGGAGGGUCACGAAACUUGGACAGCCAAGAUUGACAUGUUUGCGAAGGUGCGCCUCUUUGCAGAUUCGGAAGCAACGCCCCGUUUCUUUGAGAUCACUAACGUUCUGCGAGCUGGAUACUUUGAAGGAUCGAAGCCCAUCCAGCCUAUCACGAAAGAAAAAGACUUUCUUCAGGCAGUUAAGAUGAACUUGACGAAGUAUUCUGGUGCGGAACCCAAUGCCAUGAAAUAUGUGAAGCGUCUAUGGGAAAGGAGUGCCUACUUAGCGGAGCGCGGCUUUGAUUUGGAUUGGCACGCGAAUAUGCUGGAAGCUCUACGACCGCUGCUUAGUCACUGGUCUGCCGAGCUAAGUCAGAUCGCUGCGCAUGUCGAAACCCUCAUUAAGAUGAUGAAGUCUGGCAGAAGUGCUAUGAUUGAACAUGCGCUCGAUGACCUUCCUACCGUUCGUCACUUCGGACAGAAGGUGGAGGGGCCGCC